AUGGAUGAAGACUCGGGUAGAAUAGUAAGCGGACAUAAUGCGGAGCUCGGAGACUUUCCGUACGUGGCAAUGGUACAUCUACUUGUGGGCAACGGAACAAUCAGGCGAUCCGGCGCCUGCGGCGGCACGGUCUUAUCCAGAAGAUGGGUUCUCACAGCCGGCCAUUGCGUAGUAGACUACCCGCAAAGAUUUUUUGUAGUGUUCGGUAUCGUCGACAAGUCUAGAAUUAGAUAUAAUUUUCUUCAAGACCCCGUUGUGUCGAUGAUUACGAAUCAAACGUUUAUACAUCCGCAAUACUCAAUGCACUACAAUGAUAUUGCCUUACUCUACAUGCCACAAAAUAUUCCCUUUUCCAAAGCUAUUCAGCCAAUAAAAUUUGCGUGGUAUUAUGACGAAAGUUUUGCAAAAAGAGAUGCUCAAGUGAUCAGUUGGAGAAAAGAUAAUACGGAUGGCAAAGGUACGAUAAAACUUAAGUACGCCACGGUGCCGAUUAUAAAAAAUAAUGUAUGCAAGCAAUCCUGGUCCAUCAGCGACAAACACAUUUGCACGACCACAGGAUUGGGACAAGAUGCUUGUGAGGGCGUCAGCGGCGGUGGUCCUCUCAUCGUAAAAAAAAAUGGCCGUGCUUAUCAAAUCGGUAUUGUGAGUUACGGAGACCAAGAUUGUCCUAGCAAAGGACCUUACGUGUUUACUAAGGUUUCUUCAUAUAUAGACUGGAUUCACGAAGUUAUGAUGCAACGUUAUAGUGCAUAA